CAUUGCGCAAGCAGUCGUCUUCCUCUCUCUCAGCGAUUUUGAAAAUUCAGACGUAUUUUCCAGGAUCAUAAAACAGCUACGUUCAAAGCGACAGAAAAGCCAUCGAUAGAAGAUGUCGCAAUUGAAAAAGCGAGUUCAUCUUUUCAACUGUGAUAAUACGUACAAGCUAGAGCCUGUCGAGAAAUUGCUUGAUCAAAUGCAAUUCAGCAUCCAUGUUGAGAGUGUAGAGAAGCACUCGUUCAGACUUGCCAAAAUGUCUGAAAUGGUAGACACAAUUCCAACCUUAAAGAUGGAUAUGGCCUUUUUCGUGGUUCAUGCGCAUGAAUCUCGGCUCUCGAUCAACGAAGACAACGCUGGCAUCGGCUACGCCAAGAUAUACAGAGCUUUACUUCAAGCAACGGGAGGAGAUGUUAUCACCGUUAUCGGGGGAGAUGACAACUACAAAGACGACAAGGAAGAGAAUCAAGAGGUUAUUUCAAGUUGGGCGAAGAGGAAAGUCUCUUCACAGUUCGGCAUAGAGUAUCUUGAUGGCAGAAAGAGCUUCAUCUUCUCUUGGAACAAACAACAUCGAGAUGUUCACGAACAAGCUUUACUGCAUUACUUUGAUCCAAACAAGAAAGGACUAAAGUUUGAAUAUCGGCCGCCUACUCCAAACCAACAAUUAAACUCAGAACUUCAAUUGCAAGAAACAUCUACAGAAUUGGAAAAUCCAUACACAUCCAAGAGUUACUCAUAUAACGGUAAAGACACCUCUUUACUUACAGCUGAUAAAGAAGAAACUCCGACUGAUUCACACCCUAGUGGCGUCAGUAGUGUCGCGGGUAGCAGCAGAGACUCGACGGGGAUGGAACCUUCUCUCAGUAAUCAGGGAAACAGUGCUUACACACUAAACACACAUAUGAUCCGCCCAAGAGGCUCUCAAGAACCGGAUAUUAACGCUGACUUGCCUUCCAAUUAUCUACACAACAUUACCACAGAUCAUUUACAAACUGAAUACUUAGAAUUAAAAAGCUGUCAUGACGAGAGUUCCCAAAAUACCCCGCAGCCUGUACUGGCAACACAACUCCCCGGAAACCCUCCUCCCGUAAUUGUGCUGAGAGGUAUCGCUCGUUAUGGAAGGAUAUCUAAUCAGUUAGGUGAACUUCAAGUUUGGGACCCUGAAUUUAAAAUUCCAGAUGACAUUCAAGAUAAGUUGCUUACUAAACACUGUCAUACCCCUGAGACUGGAGUAAGAAUUAUUAGGUAUAGUGAUGGCACACUUGAGUGUCAUAAUUAUCAAAAUUUUAAAAAGUUUUUCCUGAAUGAAGAUAUAAAGCUCGCUAAAGAUGAGUUUCUCUUAAUGAAAACUCGUAUCCGCCACGGAAAGGCGUCUUUUGAAGACGUUGAUGUACAGUUUAAAUUUGCAAAUGUUCAUAUUCCUCAAGACAUUAUCUCUGGUUUCACAGAAAAAGAUAGUGCUGACCUGUACAUCAUUUCAGGAGCCGCAAAGAAUGUUCGACUUAUAGUAAAAAGGGAGAGUGCUUUUAGGAGAGUAAGAGAAUCUGUGAAAAACGAGUUUGAUUUGUUGUCCCGUUCCUUUCAUGUGAAGGGACAUCUCAGUUUUCAAAAGUAUCUCCAUGACAAAAGAAAUAUCAUGGCAUCGCCUAGUAAAUUCCAUCUCUUCAACUGCGACCGUGUUUAUAAGCUCGACUCCAUCGAAGAUUUGUUGUUGACAACGACAAGGAAGCUUGGCAUUGAGAUAUCUGUGAAGCAACACUAUUUCACGGUUUCCGAGAUAACUGAGUUCAGCGAUCAAACGAUUCCCACACUGGAGAUGGAUACUGCCAUUUUAGUUGUCAAUGCAAACGAAUCUCGACUCUCCAUCAACGAAAACACAGAGGGAGGCUACACGAAGGUUUAUAGAGCUUUGCUUCAAGCGACAGACGGAAACGUGAUUAUUGUUAUCGGUGGGGAUGACAAUUACAGGAACGAAGAGGAAGAGGAAAGAGCCGUAGUCUCGCGUUGGGCAAGAAUGAAGGUACGUUCCCAAUUAAAGGAGGAAUUCCUCGACGGACGAAGAAGUUUCAUCUUUUCAUGGAACAGGAAACACAGAGAAAUUCACGAGCAAGCAUUGAAACACUUCUUUGAUCAAAGCAAGAAAGGACAAAAGUUUGAGUAUGAGCCACCAGGGCAUUCCGAGCUUUCUUUAAGAGAUCAAAUAGCUCCGCCAGCACGAGAUACAGAACCAGCGCACCAGCUCAAGCUUCAACGCUCCGCCACCCUUCCCGAAGGGAGAAGUAGACAAGAAAUAAAAGACCGGUGGGAUCAGCCAAGUUUCUUGCAAAAAGAUUACACAGUGACAAGGCAAAGAAGUGUGGAUUUUCACGCUAGUCAGCAACCUAAGCUGAACGUACACCUCGAUCCUCUUGCAGCAACCGCUGUUUCAGCUUCGGACUAUGGAUGCUCAUCACUAGGGGACCGAUCUGAACAGAGCAGAGUGCAAAGGGAUACUACCACGAAGGAAACACGUCUGGUCAAAGACUUAGUAGUCCUCGGCUGUGAUGUGUCACCGGCAACAAUCCAGGCUGUGAAAUCAGUACUCGAUGACCUUUAUCGUAGGAUAAGGCUGCCAGAAUGUCCCCAAGUGGAACGUUAUUCAUUAGCUGACAUCAAAUCAUACUUAACGAGAUGCACUCCUAGGUUUUGUAUUCUAGUGGUGGAUACAGAUACGUCUCAUAAAUACCAGCAGCCUGAGUUGGAAGAAAUUCUCAGGACAGCAGCUGAUGUUGUUGUUGAAAAGGUUAUCUUCACGAUUUGCAAUCGAAGUCCUGCUCCAACUGGAGAGGAAGAUAAAUUUGUAAAAAACGUUGAGCGAAUGCUUAAAGCGAAAAGAAAGGGCCUUGUCGUUUGGUUGGAGGAUGGAAAACUGAAUGUGGAACCCGAUGUCUUGAUACAAUUAAUGCUUGGAGCCCCAAUAGCGGCGAAGAACAGACAAGGACAGCUGAGCCACUCAGAAGAAUCCCUCAGACCAACCAAUGCUGCUUCAGGUUUUACAUCUGACAGGAGACUGCUUCAAGAGACACCAAAGCACAUGGGGGAGUUUCCAUCACAAGAAGUGCGUCAUAAUCCUACAUCUUAUGGAGGAGAAUGCACGGAUUCCAGCGAUGUUCUCGUGCUCAAAACACGAAUCCGUCAAGGGAUAAUAUCGUAUGCUACCGAGGAUCUUGUGUCUCGUUCUCCUGGUUUUGUAAUUCCCAAACAUAUAGAGGAAAGUUUGAGGUGCAAAUAUUCAACGACAGCAAACGGAGUGCUAAGCAUCUAUUCCAACACGGAAGGCAAAUUACGAACCACCGUACAAACUGAUAGAGCAGCCACUUGUUUGAUUAUUUAAUGGACAGAUCAACACAACCUCUUCAUCAUACUUAAACAAAGUGAAUAUUAUGGAGGCCUUUUCUCUUAUUAGUAAAUCAUAGAACGUAAACAGUCUUUAAAUUCACGUGUCACGCAACAUGCGGACAUUUCAACUUGAGAUUUUGUAUGGUAGAAUAGAACAAGGUUAUGUACAUAACUCUGCAGAACAGUACAAAACACGGACGGAAAGCAAAAGCAAAGCGGAUCAAUAAAUUGCCGCACCUUAUGAUUCAAAUUCUUACUAUCUUAGGUUCUUUAAGCUUGAUAAUACGAACUUAGAAGCCAAAAUACUAGAAAACUAAACAAAAGCGAAAUGAUAACUUCCCAAUUCGAUGGGUUACCUUAUGAAACGAGCGAACAUUUUUCUCUUCGCUCGUAUUUUCCUCGACCUUACGUACAUUUCUCGGAAAAAGUACCAGUCAAUUUGCGCAAUGUCCGGGUUAAACCAUCGAAAAAGGUGUGAUUAUUAUUUUAGAUAUGUUUGCUGUAAAUGAAAUAAAGUGAAUUAUGCAAAGUUCCCUGUUUGCUAGUCAUAAUUACAGAGCAUUGCAACCUCCGUGAGCUAGAACAUUCGGGUGAGUUGAAACAGAUUACGUUCGAGAUCUUAAAAUGACUAUGUGAAUCUAUAAAACCCAUUAAUAUGUUUAAUCGUCUUUUAAAGAGAGUUUAAAACACUUUGAAAAUCAAAUAUGACACAAUAGAUUUCAAAGAAUGGUCGUGGGAUGACAUUCAAUGAUUGUCAGAACC